AUGGGAUCAAAGGGGGCGACUAAUAAAAUAAACCCCCCAUUACAAGAAUAUGAAGGGAGAUUUAAUAUUUUACUAAAAAAUAAUGACAUAAAAAAUGUGAGUAUCCCUCGAGAAAAAAAUAGAGAAAGCAUCGAUAUAUAUUUUGAGAAGGAAAAUAAUAAAAUUAAAGAAAAAAAAAAAAAAAAAAUUAAAAAUGGACGAAUAAAAAAAUAUAGGAAUACAAAUAUUUGCUACUACUCAAUUAGAAGAAAUACAAUAGUACUUGGACAUAUUCUUAACAAUAUAUAUAAAAAGAUAAAGAAAAAAAAAGAGAAAGAUGAAAAUGCAAAUAUGCCCUCUUAUUGUUUUAUAUCUUCCCCGUAUUAUUACCAUAUCCAGAAUGGUAAGACAAGAACUGAAAUGAGAAAAAACUCUUAUACAUGUGAUACAUUAUUGAGUAGUACUGUAAGUAUCAAAGAUGAAGAUAAAAAUAGUUGUUCUAGUGAGCAAGAAAUUAACUGCAUAUAUAACAUGGACAAAGAAUUAUGCAGUUGUGAAAAAUGUACACAUAAAAAGAAAAAAAUAAAAAAAGGCGAAACGAAUGAGGAAAAUAGUGUACACGAAAAAGUUUUUACAUAUGAUGAUUAUAACUCCGUUUCUCCAGAAACAUUCAAGGAAGAAAGCGUUUUAACAAAUUGUAAAUAUUAUGACAAGUAUUCUUCUUCGAAUGAAGCAUCUAACAAUUUGAAAUAUGUCGAUACCCAAGCGGAUUUCAAUCCAGGUGACGAUGAAAAGAGCACAAACUAUCAAGGGAAAAAAGAAAAGAAAAAAAAAGGGUGGAAAUAUCGCUCAUACAAACCUGCCCAACUAGCAGAAUUAACCGAAAUAAACAUAAACCAUUAUAAAGAAGAAAUUCAAAAUAGCGGAAAUACUCUACUGCUAGACAGAUCCACCAUAAUACAUGCACUAAUAAACAGUGUCAGAAGUUAUUCAAAUUUUGAAUAUGUAGUGGAAGGAAAAAAAUGUUAUAGCUGUUUCAUCUCUUUAAGGAAGAAAAGUAAAACAAGCACUUUUGGUAAAUGCAUAUCGGUAGAUGAUUAUUUACAUAUGGUGAGUAGGGAAAGAAAAAAAAAAAAAAACAAGAAAAAUAUAAGAAAUGGACAAAACGCACAAAACGUACAAAGCGUACAAAACACACGAAGAACACAAAUCGUACAAAGCGUGCGAAACUUACAUAACCAUCAGACGCACAACACUGUAGCUAUGAAGAACGCCUUUUCCUUUACCUAUGGAUUUUAUAGCAGACAAGGAAAGUAUCACCAUAAUGAAGACACAAGCUCACACGCUCAAUUUAGCUCAAGUAACAUAUUAAAUGAAAUUAAAAAAUUACUUACAAAUAUUCAGGAAGAAGAAAAAAAAAAAAAAAUAAAAAAAAAAAUAAUAAAAUUUAAUUUGUUCAAAGAAAUAGUAAAUCUGUUCGGAAUUAGUGCGAUUUGUCACUAUCCUUUGGAUGAAAACAAAGUUCACUAUGAAAGUAGCAUCUGUUCCUACACGAACAAUAGAAGUAAUCAAAAAGAUAAAUUAUCAUCACAUGCUUUAAAAGGUUCUUAUGGGGAUGAUAUUUACAAAGUAUAUUUAAAAUUCCCUUCGCCAGCAUACUGCUUGAAUGGAUAUGAAUCGGACCACUCGAACAAGGAUUAUGAUAUUAUUUGUAAUUAUUUUUUUGAUGAAAAACAAGACAACAGUGAUAAAAAUAAAAAUAUUAAAAAGGUAAAUUAUACUAACAAAAGGAACGAGCGAAAAAUUAAAAGAAAAAAAAGCGACUUUACCUUAAAAUGCGAAUUAGGGGGGUUAUCUUACAUUGCAGAAAAAUCGCAACUGUUUAUGAACAAUCAAGAAGAAGAAAUUUAUUGCACAUACAGAAAAAAUAGGCACCCUAUACAUCAGUGCAAUAAUUAUAAAUUUUUAUGUAAAAUUUGUAAAAAAUAUGAACACAUAAACAGUGAAAGGAAAUUUGAUUUGAGCUACUUUAAAUACCUUUACGAUACGCCGGGAAAACGAAAAGAGGAAGAAAAAAAUAUUGAAAUAAGUGAAGGGGUAAGUAAGAGUAUAAGUGAAGGGGUAAGUAAGAGCAUAAGUGAAGGGGUAAGUAAGAGUAUAAGUGAAGGGGUAAGUAAGAGUAUAAGUGAAGGGGUAAGUAAGAGUAUAAGUGAAGGGGUAAGUAAGAGUAUAAGUGAAGGGGUAAGUAAGAGUAUAAGUGAAGGGGUAAGUAAGAGUAUAAGUGAAGGGGUAAGUAAGAGUAUAAGUGAAAGUGUAUGUAAAAAUGUGCGUAAAAAUGUGCGUAAAAAUGUAAGUACGAAUGUAAGUACGAAUGUAAAUACAAAUGUGAAUAAAACAACGGAUGCAUAUUUCCGUUUUCAGGACUCCGACGAGUCAAGCUGUUCAGACGAAUUUAAUUUCAUAAACUACGCCAGGAGAUGUCCAAAUGAAGUCGCUAAAAAAAUUUGCCCUUCUGUUACCGGUCCAACUGAUAAGCGGGAGGACAUAAUCAACACUGAUGAUUAUAAAAAUCGCAACACUAAUACGACGUUGUUCAAUUUUGUUGAUGAUGAGGCAAGGGAAAAUAUGAACAGGUCAGGUGAACGCAAAAUUGACGUAAUCACCAUUAAAAAUAAUAUAAGAAAAGAAAAAGGAAAUAGCAAAAAUGACGCCACCCAAAUAGAUGGAAAAAUAGUAAACAGAUUUGCAUUAAACAACUGUUUAAUUAAAUGUAAAACGUGUAGACAUAUUCAUAAAUAUGAUAACUUAUCAAACGAUCAUUUAUUAAAAAUUUGUAAAAGUUACUACAAUUCAGAAUUUCCAUUUUUUCUGAACAUGUUAGGUGAACAAAUUUUUAACGCACAUUUAUCCAAUUGCCCGAUGAACAAGGGCUAUUUAAGAAAUAUUAUAAUUAGCAAAGAUAACAUGAAUGAAUAUUUAAAAAGGAUAAAAAGGAGGAACAUACGUGGGAGAUUUUACUUGCACUCUUCUACCGAUGUGGACUGUUAUGAAAAUGAAAUAAGGUUUCAAGUAUUGAGGGAGGAGAUGGAAAAUGAGGGAAAUAGAGAAAAUUCGAAAAAUGAGAGAAAUAGGGAAAAUUCGAAAAAUGAGGAAAAGAAGAAACACUCGAAAUGUACCAAUUUACUAUGUAGAAAUACACCAAGCACAAUGAUCAUUUCCUCAAAUGAAAAAAGAGAUAAAGGUUUGGUCAAUAACGAAAGGCAGAGUAAAUUACAGCAAAUAAAGGAAUAUUUGAAUGAUAGGAAAAGACUUGUUUUUGAAAAAUAUUUCUCAAGCAUUAGGGAAGCUGGUAUAAAGGAAGAGCACACAUUAAAAAAGGGUAAAAUUAUUGAACACUGUGAAAAUGUAACAAGUAAUUUCGAUAUGCAUUUCUUUACCAUAUGCGAUGGUCAUGGUGAUACCCAUGCAUCUCUUUUUUUAAUACAGAAUGCUCAUAAAAUAUUUUACUAUCUUUUAAUUAAUACCUUUUUUAGUAUUCAUUUUUCUUUAAAGAUAUUGAGCCCAUUGCUCGAUUUGUUAUACUAUAUAGCGUGUUAUGGAAAAAAUGUAAAUACUUAUUCCGGUUCCUGUAUUAUUAAUGUACUAUUAAGGAAAAAUUAUAUAUAUGUUAAUAACACAGGAGAUAGUAAAUGUGCACUAGUAACAUUUAACCUCGACAAAUUUGAACAUAAGGAAAAAGAGCAGGACGAAAUGGGAAAAGGGGUACAGAAAAAGAAGCAAAGUAGAAAAGGUAGGGGAAAGAAGAGAGAGAAAGGGAGUAAUCAUAACAUAAGUCACAGUAGUGUUAGCAGCGGCACUGAAAGAGCGAUCAACACAGAUUACCACUGCUAUGAUAUCAACUUGAAUUCUAUUUCUUAUAACGAGUUAAAUUCUGAACACAACUGCAACAACUACUCGGAGUACUUGAGAAUGUACAAAGCCUAUUAUUAUAAUAGUUUAAGAAAAGAGCAUAUGAAGACAAAGGAGCAGGCGAAUGUUCAUAUUCAUACUGAUACAAAGAUAGGGAUGAAAGUCAAUAGUAGUGUUAUAUACGAAAAUGCGUGUAAGGAGGUUUGCAGUAGUAAGGAAGAUGAAUGCGACGAUAAUUUUGUCCAAAAAAAAAAAAUAAAAAAAAAAAGUAAAGGAGGUAACAGUAAGGGAACGAAAAAUGAUGAGGAAAAAAGGGAAAAAGACAACAAGAAGAAAGAUGCGAAGAAAAAUAUAAAACGAAACGCAAAGUGCAAUGCGAAAGGUAAAACAAGAAAACACGCCGAGCUAGACAACGAUUUAAACGAAAAAAUUGCAAAAAUUAACGACUACAUUUUAAGAGAGGAUGGAAAACAAGUAAGCAUAGGAAAUUUUUCCAAUGAAUUAAUAAAACUUAAUAGGUUGGAUGGCUGUUUACAUCCGUCCAGGGUUAUAGGUGAUUAUGAUUUGAAGAAAAAGUAUUACAACAAUGAAAUAUUUAUUUUAUCGAAUAAUUCAAAUAUAUAUAAGUAUAACCUGAACAACGUUAAUUUUUUUAAUAACAUACAUUACUUUUACACACAUAGGAAUUGCACUGCAUGUAAUGAAAGUCAUGUUUUAUGUAGUUAUGGAAAAAUUAAUCUUAUCGAUAACAUUAUUCUUUCAAGUCGAACAGAACUCCUUUUGCAAAAAAAAAAUAAAUUAAAAACAUUAAAUCAGUAUUACUUUCCUAACCAUUGUCCCGAAAAUUUGUGUGACAGUAGUUCUCUUGGAAGUCAUGGCAGUGCAAAUAUAUAUAAUGGACAACACGAAUUAGUUGAGGCAUUUAUGAAAAUUUAUAAAGACGAUACUUUUAAAAAUGCUGAUAUUCGCAACUGUGUUAAGAACAAAACAGAAAAUAUAGGCAUACGUUUGAAAGAACAAUUUUCUCCUUAUAUUGAUAUUAAAAGUACUACACUAAAUGGUAAUUGUUUUUACAAAAAAGAUAAAAAGAAUUUUUUCCAUUUUUUAAUAAUUGCAUCCGAUGGUGUUUUUGAGUUUAUUAAUCCUCUUUUCAUUUUAAACAUUUUAAAAAAUAAUAAAUCAGUUUAUAAAAAAAUUCAAAAAAUUUAUAAAAUUUAUAACACAUAUAAUAAUAGUGUUAUUUCUCAUUCAAAAAGUAAUGAGGAGAUCAACUCAAGGAUGCACAAAUACAUGAUCACAAAGAAGGAAUGUACCAAAUUAGCAAAAGAUAUAGUUAAAUGCUCCGUAAGUAGCGGAAAUUUUGAUGAUAGCACAUGUUUUUGUAUUUUUUUAUUUCCUACAUUGUUUUUUACGGACUAA